CCGGGCACCUCAGGUCUGUUCUGCUUUGGAUGUUUGUGUGGCAGAACGAACCUUUGUUUGAUCUGACACCACUUACUCUUCACCUCUCAGGUCGACUAGGUACCUACUGCAACUGCGUCUUGUUCUCCAAGCGCUCGAAACUGGUCCAUCAUUCUACUGCUUUACUUUCUCUUCCAUUCAUCCACUCAUCCAUCCCCUCCCCGUCAUCCUCUUCUUAACCAUCCUGACCCGCGACCCACGUUCCGCCCGUUUACCUAUCGAGAGCAACCUCAUUUACUUCUACGAGGCCCUCUCAUUUACUCCUAUCCAGCGACACGGAGCACGUUGCCUAUUUCUUGCUCGUCUACCCCUCCCCCCUCGCCAUUUCUCGGAGUCGCCUCCCUACCUUACCUUCCAACCCCACCUUGGCCGAAACGGGGACGCCAUCGAGAACAAUCACACCAAUAAAUUUCGAGUCGUCUACGCCCCUCUUCCUCCUUCUCCUUUCUUACACGCAGUCGUCGACUCCGGAUAUCGUCCAUCGCUUCUUCCGCCAAAGCGAUAUUAAACUCAACCUCUGCCCGCCGAGCAUCAACGAACCUUCGCAGCUCGCCUUUCCCCCCUCCUGUUUCCCGACGCAACCCCGAUUUCACGAUUCCUUUACAGUGACAGGCCAGUCUUUGGUAUUUGAUUACACGAGACCGUUGGUUCCUGGCAUCUGUCCUCGGCACAACCGAUUCGACCCAGGUCAACUCGUGUGCGAACGCUACCCAAUACGCGAAUCACAGUUCCCGACGAUCCGAGACGGCAAAUAGCUUAAAUCGCAGCGCAGGAGACCACACACACACACACACUGGAGGGUGUGGCUCUUUACAACAGCGUGAACAGGGCAUGAUAAUUACCUGUUCGUCGUUGUAACUGCUGGCGUUAUUCAGCUUUACUUUCCGUUUUCCGCAUUACGACUUUGUGACGGAGACCUGUUAGCCCAAAAUGGCUGACCCUUUCGCGCCUCGCUCUAUGAAGCGCAAGAACGUCAAAGGCCUGGCCUUGACACCUGCUGCGCCCAAGCCUCCACCGACCGCCGAGACCAGCAGUCACCGCGAUAAGGACGGCGGUGACCAGUCGGCACAGCUGGAGAUUGGCAUCGAGUACAAGCUGGAUCUGCGACCAGAGGACCUGGAAAUUCUGAAGGAGCUCGGCUCAGGAAAUGGAGGUACCGUCAGUAAAGUCAAACAUGUUCUUACCGGAACUGUCAUGGCACGAAAGGUCAUCCACGUGGAAGCAAAGAAAGAGAUGCGCAAGCGCAUUGUGCGUGAACUUCAGAUUAUGCACGGCUGCUCAUCCGAGUAUAUUGUCAACUUCUACGGAGCCUUCCUGAACGACCACAACGACGUCAUUAUGUGUAUGGAGUACAUGGACGUUGGUGCUUUGGAUCGGGUAUCCAAGGUCUUUGGGCCUGUUCGAGUGGAUGUCCUCGGAAAGAUUGCCGUGGCUACCUUGGGAGGCUUGACCUACCUCUACUCGAAGCAUCACAUCAUGCACAGAGACAUCAAGCCGUCCAAUAUUCUGGUGAACUCUAGGGGAAGCAUCAAGCUUUGCGAUUUUGGCGUGUCUGGAGAGCUCAUUAACUCUGUUGCUGAUACCUUUGUGGGAACUUCAACGUACAUGGCACCCGAGCGAAUCCAGGGCGAGAAGUACACAGUAAAGUCAGAUGUGUGGAGUUUCGGUCUGACCAUCAUGGAAAUGGCCAUUGGAAAGUUCCCUUUCAACGCAAGCGAGCAACUUUCGGACGGCGAGUGCGCACCCGCCGGCAUUCUGGACCUUUUGCAGCAAAUUGUCCACGAGCCUGCGCCCAGGCUACCCAAGAGCGAUGCCUUCCCUUCGAUUUUGGAAGACAUGAUUCAAAAGUGCCUGUCCAAGGUUCCUGACGAGCGGCCUACUCCUCAGGAGCUCUUUGACCGUGAUCCGUUCGUCCAAGCUGCCAAGAGAACACCAGUAGACCUGAGAGAGUGGGCAGUUGGUAUGAUGGAGAGGGACAAUCGCAAGUCUCACUUGGCGCCCCAGCUUUCUCCAGCAACACGCGAUCUGCUCAACUCCAAUGAUUCCCCAACAUAUCAUGGCGGUUCUGGAAACGAUCGAUCCCUGGACACCCCUACUUCAGGAGAAAUUCCUAUUGCCGGCGCUGGCAUUAUUUCUCCGAGAGAGCCCGCCAGUCACUCAAACCGCUCUCCCACUAGAAAUGGGCUCAACACAAUGAGCAGUAGACAGCCGGGUGGCCAUCCUGGGAUGGGACAGAGAAUUGUUACCACCAACUCGAUCCCCAAGGUUGGCGAGUAUCCGAACAGUGCUGGUCCGGUGAGCGCCAAUGCUGCGUCAUUUAGCCUGCCUGUUCGCCCGGCUCCUGGCGGACCUCUACCUCCGGCCCCUCCUCGAAAGGGCACACCUGAUGAUCCGAGAAGAGAGAACCGGAGACAAGCUACCUUUGGCAUGCCUCCGGCGCCCAGAAGCUACGCAAGCGACGUGUACAACGGCACCUCCAACUAGUCGCAGGAGGGCUUCGACUAUACACAUAGCAUUGGGCCUCAAUCCCACCAAGCUCACCAACUGCAUGAUAGAGCAUCAAAUCGCGCCAUUCCGCCACAACAGCCACAUCCAUCUUUCAGCCAAGGACCGAGAACUUGCAAUAUUUCUACCCAGAUGGCUUUUCAACCAGCAUCUGACGAACGGGUUCAACGUGCAAUCUCAUCAGCUCCGCUUUACUCGUCUCAGAAGAUGGACAUGCCCGAUAACAGAAGCUGCAGGACGCGUCGCGAUGACAAUGUCGCCGGCUUAGAAGACCCCUUCAUCUAGACGCGUAGAAAAGCUGGGUUGAAGCCUCAGAUCAAGUUCCAGCGGCGAAAUGUGUCGAUUCGAUCGUAGGGAAGCUUCUUACCCUCUUUUCAUCAGCAUCACUCGGCGCAUGUAUGGACAACAUUCUCCUGCAGACUUCGGGAAGUUUGGGGUUUCACGCACCAUGGGAAGGCACAUCAGUCAAGUCUUUAGAAAGCUUGUGCAGGGCAUUCAUCAUCGAUCGCGAUCGAGACAGGAGGGAUAUGUCGACACAAAAAGCCUCUCAUGUAGGGUACCAUGUAUCUAGCAAACUUGGAGGAUGGGUUCGACGGUGGCUGAUAUGCCAAUGAGACAGAGACGAAUGAUUGAGCAGUUCGUCCUGCUUGUCUUGACCAUGGUGUCUUAUACUCUCUUGAACUUUUUCUAAAUAGACAUCAAAGUGACAGUAGACAAGGUGCCAUCUAGUCCCUCCUCCUGUUUCUCUUUUACGUCGAUGAAACUGGCUCCCUGCUGCUAAAACCCUCUUCAAGGAUAGGAAUCAGCUCGUCUAAUCGGCGAAUCACCAAGUCAGUGUGCUCGUGGUCGACCAGAUGUACAUUAACAUCGUUGGCAAGGAGCACUGUCGCCGCGCCAGCUCUUCGCCCAGCCGUCAUGUCAUCGAUCGAGUCCCCAACCAUGAUCAGCUCACUACCAUCACCGACGGUUGUCUCCUUCGCGUCAGUCGAGGUGUUUGCUUCUUUGACGAGACCCCAGUUUCGCGCGAUAUGCAGA